AUGACUACAUGGGAAGUAAGGGUGCGAAUCAGGGAGCACCUUAGUGAUAUCACUUCAAUUAAUCCCUGCUCAGAACUGGCAGCACAUUUUAUAGAGAAGCAUGACUACCAAGUGGGGACAUUUAAGUGGCUGGUAAUUGAUCAAAAAAGAAUGAUUGAACUCUUUACUUUGUUAUCUGUGCAGGAUAUGAUUCCUCCCUCUAUCAAACAGCAGCACAUGGGGAAUUUAAAUAAAGAGGGGCUUGAUGCACGUAGCGAAAUAUGGAGUGAGCAUCAGAACGACAAAUUGAUGGACAGCCAAGGAGAUAAAGACUCUGACACACAAGAAGCCAGUAUCCUUCUGAUUAAUGGGGUGAAUGGAAAUGUUUCUCCUGCUGCAGAGCCGCAUGAUCCAGUAGAAGAUGUGAAGUCCUACAAUGCUACAGAUGCUGCUGUCACAUAUCCAGCCUUAAUACAAAAGGAAAUCCACGCCUGUCAAAAAGCGGUUCCCUCUUUUUCUUCCAAAGAGCCAUGUUUGCUGAGCCCUCCCUCUCCCCUGAGGCUGUCCGAUGCAGCAGAACACGUUGCCAGUGACUCCUCUACUCAGGCUAUUUCUUUGACAUCCUGUGUAACCAAAGGUCUGAAUUCCUGGUCACUGCCUAGUGACAGUGAGAAAACACCAUUUAACAUCAUGGAGCCUGGGGCUAUGUCAGCUCUGACUGGUGACUGCUUGAUGCCUCAAAGUCGGACCUGUCUGGGCUGCUUUAUAGAGUCAAAAGAUGGAGUGGACCCUGAACCAGGUGUUAGUCUGAAAAUGGGGGAUAUAAACAGAGACUUUGACACAUGCCCAGUAUCUGACAUAGGGAUACAUUGCAUGAGCACAGGGGAUAGCCUAAAAUAUGGGGAUCAGCUGCUGUCAGACCAACUUCUCAGCUUUCCUGUUCAUAAGUCUCGGGAAAUAGACAAAAGGGAUGCAGACAAGUCAGACAGUGACUCAGAGGAUCCUACACAAAAGAACUAUUAUGAGGGCUUGCUGCUGGAUAAGUGUAAUGGUGAUGAGGCUUUGUUGGCUAAUUCCAGCCAGGAGUGGGGUUACUUUGAGUCAUUCAUUAGUGAGAGCAAGAUUGAGUUGCUGGACUUGUGUUCUAAGAAUGAGUUGUCUGUUAACCUGUUUUCAGAGGAGGAUGUGGACAAUUACAUGUUUGAUGAUGAUGACUCCACCCUUGGCAGUGACGUCUGCUCAUUAAAGAUUAGGUAUGAAUCUUUCCAGGACAAUGUAAGGGAGAAGACAAAUGUCCUACAGGAGGAUGCACAGUUUAAUUUCUUCCCGAGUGUCUUUACCAACUGCACCAAAAGAGAGAACAAGGGCUCCAAAAAGAAAGUGGUAGAUUCUUCCCAAUUCAAACUAGAAGAAGGAGGGAUUUGGGAAGAUGCUGAUGAAAUGGAAGAAGAUGGUGAAGAAGGGGAUGAUGUGAAAACUGGACUUAGCAAAUCAAGUGGAACCAUGGAUGUGGUGCAAUAUAUAAGUGCCAAGAGAAGCCACUUUCUUGAUUCAGUCAACUCAGCUGAGGACUCAGGAGAGUUUAGUGAUGAUAGCUCAUGCAGUGAGUCUUCAUAUGAUGUGUUGGGAGACAUCAAGGACUGUAGCAGAUUUCUGUCCCGAGAGCACUCACAUUCCCUCAUUCAACCAAACUAUGGGCUGAGGGUUAAGAGAAAAGUUAGGUACAGCGAUGACUAUUUAUAUGACAUGGAUUCCCUGGAAAAUGAGAAGGUUGUUGAAAAGAAGGAAGAUGCCCCUGAAGGGCCCAAAGAAGAAGAUGAUGAUGACUGGUGCCCCAAAAAGAGGAGGAAAGUUUGUAGGAAGGAGCCCCCUGUUAUCAUAAAGUACAUAAUUAUCAACAGAUUUAAAGGGGAAAAGCACAUGUUGGUCAAACUUGGGAAGGUUGAUGCCAAUGAAACAACAGUUAAUCUGAGUGAUGACCAGCUGGAAAAAUACCAAAAGCUUUCACCUCUCAAAGACUACUGGGAGGAAAGAAGGAGAAAUACAUCAGCUUUGUUUGGGCAACGUAAUGUGGAUGGUUCAGAAAAUGCAGUUCCACCCAGAAAGAGGAAAGGCCAGCUUGCAAAUAGGCAUAGGAUGCAGAGAAUACAGGCUAUCGAGCAACCUUUGAGCAGGGAAAUUCUCUCCUCAUAUGAUCACAGACAAGCAUGCAGCAGCAGAGAUGAUGCCAGCUUUAAUGACUUGCAUUCAUUAGCCAUAGAAACCCCAAGCUGUGUGAAUGGAUUACACUUAAGUGACAUUGCAGAUGUUGCUUCAGUGAAAUGCAGAUCUUUAGAAAGGGAGCUCAAAGCAGGGGAUAGGAAAGUGAUACGGAGAAUCAAAUUUAAAAGUGAAGCCAGGUUGAAAUGUAAACAGAUCAAAGUAGAACAAGUAAAUGACAUUACUACUCCUGAUACACCAGAGGUUUACUCUUCUAUGGAUAACCAGGACUCAGUAACUCCUUUGAAAGAGGAAACCAUUCAUUGUACAUCAGACAGUAACCAUCUAUCUCAAUGCCUUGCCGAUAAUGAUGCUAAAAAUUCCUCUUUCCUCCCAGCCACCUGCUCUUCUGACAAGCCAGUACCAUCUGCUCAAAUCAGUACUAAUGUACCAGUUCUCCCUGGAGGUUAUCUACAGACAUUGUUAGAUGCAUCAGAUUCAUCUAGUAACACUGGUAUCACAUACUUUGCCCCUAAUCAUUUGGGGCAGCAUCCAGUCAAUAUGAUUCAGACUGAAAAGCAAUUCAGUUCCCUACAACUUGCACAAAGCUGUGUCUUGUCUCCCCCUUCAGAGUCUGAGCUGCAGCAAUCACCCCGUCACUUAGAGAUGGAGCAGAGCUUCCCUGACAUGUGGCACAGCAAACCUCCUGGCAAUCAGGCUGAAUUCAUAGCAAAUCUUAGGGAUGUAUCCAUCAUAUCUGGGGACUUUGUCAGCUCUGCAGUUGUAUCGGAUGCAGACAUUAAUGCCUCUGGUUAUAGUCAAGUUCAUCCAAAUAGCAGCAAGCAGCUAUACCACAAAGUAUUUUUGCAGGAGGGCCAAAUCCAGCAAGAUGAAGCUUAUCAGCCAUGUCACUAUAAUAAUGCAGAAGGACGCUUUGCUUUACAAAGAGGCACACUGAGCACAGACAAUGGAAGGCUUAUUAGUUUUGACUCAGUAGGCUCUUUGUCAGUUAGCUCCAGUAAUUAUAGCUCCUUAAGUUUGAAAUCAUGUGAAAAAGAUGGUGAAGAUGAGAUAAGUGAUGAUUUCCUGGCCCAUUGCAGCCCUAAACUUGUUAUUCAGCAGAGCAUAGAUGAAAUCACCCCACUAAAGGAGUCAACUGAUCUGCUAGAUAUUUCCAACUUUACCCCUGAUAAAUUCCGUCACUCUUCUCUUUCAGAGAUGUCUCCUCCAGAUACCCCUAAUCUUUCUCCUCAGAUUGCAUGCUCAGAAGUCAAGACAAUAGGAAAUCUAAAGGGCUUCCCAAAUAGGACCCAAGGCCUGAAUGAGAAGACAAAGUGGAAUUGUAGUGUGCUUCCUUCUCAGGAGCAGACCAAUAAUGGCUUUACUCUGAAUAACCAUCAGUUUCAGUUCCAUAUGUUCAAUGAUGAGGACUCUGUCAGUGUCUUGGAGAAGGGUCCUUGCCUUCCAACAUUUGAGGAAUCUGCAGGGUCAAUUCAAAACAAUGGUAAAGCAACAAAAUCUAAAAAGAAAGUAGCAAACAGCAAAAACACAGGUGUCAACCAAAGCUCUUCUCCAAAAAAUAGCAAGAAGAAAACACCCAAGGCUAGCAAGGGUGAGGCUAAAACACAAUGCAAGGCUCCCCGGCAAACAGGCACAAAAUCAACUAAGAAGGGUAAAAAUGCCAACAAUGAGAAAACCCAAAGUGCUGCUGGUCAGUCAAGUCCAUUAAAUAAUCCAACUCCUGUCAGCAACGCUUUAGGGGAAUGCAUGCAACAAUAUGGACCUGGCCAAUCCAAGGGAGUGAAGCACAUAGCAGGGGUUAGUGAGUGGACGCUUGACAAAGGUAAUAUCCAUGGUUGGUCUGAUUCCAGGGCAGGAAAUGCCAACAACCUCCUUGAUGAUGAUCAAAGGGAAUUUGAGGAACCUUCUAACAUUCUGUCCAACAUCGCCUCUGGCAUGGCUGAUGUUCAGAGAUUCAUGAUGGCAUCUAUGGAGCCAUUUUGUAGUCCAGUGGGCCAUAACAACAUAACUGAUGUCCUAAUGUCUCCAGAAUCAAACAGCCUAAAAUUAAAAACCCUCAAAAUUUUGGCUGGGACACCACAAGAGUUUAAAAAGAAAGUAAAUGGAAGUUCAACUGGGGGUUCUAGGAAGGCAAAUAAGGGCUCAGGUAAGAACAACAUGAAAUUUGGGGGGUUUGACCCUAACUGCUCACUAGGAUAUGGGGCGAAUCUUCACUCAGCCUUUUUUGAUAAGAACUUUGGAAACUUAGGUAUUUUAACUAAUAAUGUACCAACUCACAAAAAGCUAUACCGUCAUAAAUCAACAUCAAAAUCUCUACGAGAUGAAAAUUGUAAAGGCAAAAGAAUAGACCAAGCUCAUAAGGACCCAUCGGUAACAGCUGCAUUUGAAAAAAUGAGGUAA